GACUUCAAGGACAGUUUUCAACAGCCAUGGAUCAGAAAAACAAAAUACAAAUCGAACUCAACCAAAUGGCUCAUCGACUUCAGCAAAGAGAUUCAAGGUGCCAACAAAUGGCUAUGCAGGUAAGCCAACUGGCUGAAGACAGAAGUUACCUUAAUGUUCAGCUUGGGAACCUUUCGAAGUCAUUAAGAGAAAAGGAGAAUGAGCUGCGCUCUUUACAACAUCAAUACAAAAUCCUUUAUCAGACGCACAUGUCACUUCAGUCCAAGAUGAUAGAAUCGGAAACAAAGACCAUUAACAUGGCCAUGCAACGGGCUUCUUCAGUAGAAAUAACUGCAGUUUCAGAGCAGCGAAUUGUUCCAGAAGAAACUAAAAUCACCAUGUCUGCCCCUGACACAGACGAAAUGGAUGAAAUCGGACAACUUUGCUCUAAGUAUGUAUUUUGAUAAUUGUUCUACUGGCUCUAAGUAUGUAUUUUGAUAAUUGUUCUGCUGGCUCUAAGUAUGUA